AUGGAGGAGAACAACAAAGAGGAAGAGCGGACGAGCCCUACUAGAAGAUACACAGAGGAGGGGGUCCACAAGCUCUCGGACUGGGCCAACAGAACCAGAACAGAUGAGGAUCCUGAAAAGGUGGAGGCAGUACGAACCAAAAGGAAAUAUGAAAAGAAACCCAAAAUCUCCCCCCUGUCAGCGCCUCAACAUUCAGGACCCUCUGUGUUCAAUCCUAAGGACCUCAACCAGUAUGAUUUUCCCAGCUCUGAUGAAGAGCCAUUCUCACAGAUCCAUUCAUGUUCCUCAGAGGCAGAAGAGGAGAAUGACCCAGAUGGCUGCUAUGCAUUCAGGAGAAAGGCUGGUUGUCAAUAUUACGCUCCUCGUCCAGACAAGAGUGGCAGCUGGCCGUGGGCGAGCCCGUCAGAGGGUGGGCUCGGAGACCCACACUACCGCUACUGCCCGACCUCAAUCAACACGCCGCCGUGCUGCAUAGGCCUGGCUCGACGUCGUCUGGGCAGGGGGGGCAGGAUCUUGUUGGACAGAGCGCACAUGGCUGAAGACCUGACCCAGAGCCUGGACUCUGACCCAGAACUGCACGCCUCACCACUUCUAAGCUCUUCGCUCCACAACGCCAGUACCUCAGAAAACAAUACCUCGGACUCUACCAGCGCCGCUAACUUUUCCUCAUCUUCAUCACCCCUGUCAUCUUCUACACCAGUGGACCUCAGUCACAUUUUUUUGAACAUUAAAUCAUGCCGCUGGAGGCAUUUCAGACCGCGAACACUAUCCCAUCACUUUUUAGGUGAAGGGGACUUGUCUCGUAGAGGAUUUAGGGAUUUUAACCAGACUGUGUUGGGACUAACUCGGAUCCUGUCUGCUGGAACCAAUUCCCAGAACCGAGCGGGCCCUGCCACCACUCCUCUCAAUGUGUUUACGGCUGAGCAGUACCAGCAGCAUCAGGAGCAGCUGGCUCUCAUGAAGAAGCAGCAGCUGGAGCAGAGUCAGCAGCAACAGAUCAACAACACCACAACACCUGCAAGCACACAGAUUCUUGUGCCCAAGACGUUGGACCAGGCCAGCGCUCAGUUUGCUGCUUCAGCCCUCGUCACAACAGAUAAGCUGCUUGGGUUCAAAUCCAAAGAGGAGCUGGUGCUGGCAGGUGGAGUCAACGGGGUGCUGACGAACGCAGCAGGCGUUUUCAAAAACCUGCACCUCACCAGCGCCGCAGCGACGCUUCACCAGACCAACCAGUCGACCCACACUACCACCGUCACGGCCCAGACUUUCCUCCAGCCCUCUUCCAACUCAAACAUCUCGACACCUGCCGCCGCUCCCGGCGCCCAAGCAGCAGCAGCUCUGGGGCUCCUGGGAUGCAGCGCUGCAGGCGCCACCCCCACCACCACUCAGGUCCUCAUUGGGAACAACAUCUGUCUGAGCGUGCAGUCAGCUGCCAGUCUCGCUGGGCGCCACAUCCCCCGGACCCUCGGCAACAUGCCGGCCUCUGCCUUAAAGCUGUCCACCUCCACCAAUCUGUCUGGAGCGUCAUCCAUGGACCUGAGCUCCAG